AUGGAUAAGGCACAUCUAGUACUCACCGGGCCCAGUGGAUCCGGAAAGUCCACUAUCAUAAGUCACAUUCUAUCUAGGUUUCCUUUUGGGUUUUCGGUGUCACACACAACCAGGCAACCGAGAAAAGGAGAGGUGAAUGGAAAGGAUUAUUUUUUUGUGACAACAGAAGAGUUUGAGUCGAUGGUAAAAAGACAGGAACUUUUGGAGUAUAUCAAAUACAAUGGAAACUACUAUGGAACAGGUUCUGACCAGCUGAAGGUCUCUGAAAAGGCAAUAUUGAUGGAUUUGGAAUAUGAUGGAGUCAUGUAUUGUAGAAAGAACUACCCAAACUUCGUUGUUGUGUAUAUUGAUUGUGAUAAAGAUGUUGCCUAUGAGAGGUUAAAGAAGAGGAUGGAAAACAAAAACAGGGAGGAUGAAGUGAAGGGGAGAAUGAAGUUAUAUGAAAAAUUCGAUUCUAUCAAGAAAGACUGCGACUAUGUCAUCGACAACACUCAUUCUCUUGAGAGGUCCAAAAAGGAAAUUGAAGAGAUUAUAUCCAAGGAAUUCAAGUUCUAG